UCCUGACGCAAGUGUGCAACAAGUGGUAGAUAAAGAAUCAUCUAAUAGAUAAUUAAUAAUAUUUUCAUUCAGUAUGCCAGACUAUCAGUAUGCUGUGCUUUUCGAGACAAAAAACCUCCAGGAUGGAGACGUCAAGAGGAUUAGAAACUAUUUUCAGAUCAGACGGCAGUCUGGAGGAGGAGAGAGCGGAGAAGUGGAAAAAGUGUCUGACAACACCUAUAAGAUAAGCUUUUUGGACAGAGCAGCACAAGAGAGAGUACUAAGCAAAACUUAUCAUGAAAUUAAUCUUCCUGGAAGAGCAUGUGUACAGAUCUUCAUAAAACACCAUGACAUUGAAGAAAAAAAGCAGCUUCUACCGCAUUCCACAUCUGAUCAACAAGCCUCUGGGAACACACCUAUGCAGAAAGUUUUUAAACUCGACCCAUAUUUACUGAACUAUCUAAAGGACAAUUUUAAAGCAAGGUCAGGUUUGGAGGAACAGCUCUCUUCUUUACUAAGCAGCUUUAAGUUAGACCUGGUCACAGAGACAGUAGUGGUAACGAGGGAUGCAGUCCAAACAGAUCAAAACGAUGUUGUGCAGCUGAAGUGGGAAGCAAAAGUGGAUAUUGUCUUGUCUGAAAUACAGGAUCGCCAUAUCAUCCAUUUUGAGGUGGAGCCUAAACGGCUAGAGAUUCUACAAAAAAACUCUGACCUGUUCGCUCAAAAGCUUGGAUUCUAUAAAGAGGAAGGUUUAUAUGUGAUUGUUGGAGAACAUGAGGAAGUGGAGAAGUUUUUGAACGUUAUAGAUACUUUGCACUUGCGGCAGCAAGCACGUAAAGAAUGUCCUGUGUCUGAGACACGUUAUGCACUUGUAAAAGUGCAGUUUGAACGGGAAAUAAAGUCAAGAUUUCCAAACAUUCAGAUUGCACAGGAGCAACAUGGCAGUCUUAUCCUAAAUGGUCCUGAAGAACAAAUCCAUUCAGCAGCAGCAAAGCUUCAAGAGUUGCUGAAUCAGAUUCAGGAGAAAAAAAUCCCACUUUCUCGUCCCCUUAAAGCAUUUAUUUCAUCUAGUGGUGCUAUUCAGAUCUUCCAGACACGAUUCCAGCAGAAUCUCUGUAGUCCGGUUUUGCUUGAGGCCACAGGAUUUAGCUUAGAUUUGGUUCUGCUGAGUUUGUCCACAGGUGCACUUCAGGAAGCUGCGGCUGCAAUACAGAGAGACCUGUGUAUGGAGACAGUGCUGCUGGAGCAAGCUGAAUCUAAGCCACCAGGAAUAGAUACUUUAAAGAACACUUUGACACCUGCAUUACAACAGGCUAAUCAAGGAAAUUCUAAAGUGGAAAUUAGCUACGAGACAGGGACAGGGACUGAUCCCAGAAUGAAGGUGCAACUGGUGGGUUACAGCGCCGAAGUCAGUAAAUUAAAAAAUAUUAUAUUGAACCACAAGCAAAACUAUGGGGAAUACAGUGAUACUGUGACUCUACCUUUAGCAGAAAUGGUGGAUAAUUUCUCUGAACUUCUGACACUACUAGGUGUGACAGCAACAGAUUUAAGUCUAAGGGCAAGACCAUCACCUUUCCCAUGUAUCCACCUCUCAGGACCUCGGUGUGAAGUAAUUGAUAUGAAGAAGAAACUGGAUUCAUCCCUUAAACAUCUCAUAUGGAGGAAAUGUUCAGUGGAUGGUCCUGGAGUCCUGCAGUUCUUUCAAGAGGAAGGUUUAAACACACAGAAAUUAUUGCAGAGUUCCUGUCAGGUUCUGAUAUCUCUGAAAAAUAACCUUCAAACUGGUGCUGCAUCAUCCACAAACACAGCUUUUACCAGUCUCCCUAUCAUACCUGCUUCUGUGUCAAAUCCAGGUCACUCUGUUUCCCUGGAAAUUGUAUUUGGAGGUCUUGAAGAUCAACAGGCUGAUGUACUUGUUGCCCCCAUGUUGAACACAAACUUGACCUCAACUAUAAUUGGGAAAUCCCUUCUUAAUAAAGCAGGGCAGCAGUUUAAGAGUAAUUUUUAUGGUAUCAAAGGAAGGUGCAGAAUUUCUCCUGGGGAUGUGCUAGAGGUUGAUGGGACUAACUUAGGGUGCAGCAAGGUUUCCUUUAUUGAGUGUCUACCUUGGACUGGAAACACAAACAGCAGUGAACAGGCAAUACACAGUGGAAUUGGACGAGCUUUGGCACUAUGUGAACAGCAGGCAUUGAGCUCAAUUGCUUUUCCAGUAAUUGGACCUGGAGUGGUUCUGGCUCUACCUGUACAAAAUGCUGCUAGUAUUCUGACAAGAGAGAUUGGAAUGUUUGGCCUGGCUGGGCCGACGAGUUCUCUCAAAAACAUAAGAAUUGUAAUAAUGCCUAAUUACCCAAAUUCUGAAGAGAUCUACCAGGCAGUCCAUGCUGGGUUAAAUGCAAUAAUGGUGAAUCACAUAGGACAAGUUGCCUUUCAGUCUCUAAGCUCAGAAAUUGAUGAAAUCACAAUCCCAAUGGGCAGCUGUCAGGUCCAUCUGAUAUUUGGAGACAUCAGCAAUGAGACUACAGAUGUCGUUGUAAACACCACAGACUUUACAGACUUAAAGACAGAUGUGUGCAAUGACAUCCUGACUGUUGCUGGACCACAAGUCAUGGCUGCUCUAACAGCAGCGCAAGUGAAAAAGGGGGAAAUCUUUGUCACUCAGCCUGGAGCAUUCCCCUGCAAGGCCAUUAUGCACGUGUGUGGACAGAAGGAUACAGACGUCAUUAAAAAACUGACACAAGAUAUCCUUCUCCAGUGCGAACGCAGUGGCUACCAGUCAGUGGCCAUUCCUGCUAUUUGUGCUGGUAAAGGAGGGCUGGAUGCUCGCCUGGUGGCCAAGGCUGUUCUCCAGGGUGUGAAGGAUGCUACAGUACAAGCUAGUUUCAACAAUGUAAAAAUAAUUCACAUUGUUCUGAUGAAAAUCCAUGUUUUUUUGGAGUUCAAAUCAAUGGCGCAGCAGAUCUUUGGCAGCUUUACCCAGGUGAAAGCUCCUUCGUACACAGUCCACAGAGCUGCUCCAUCUUCUUUGACCCUAGACUUUAGGUCUCUUGCCCAGUGUCUUCCAGACCAACAUGUCACAGCUGAAUUUCUUGUAGUAGGGUUAACUGAUGAUAAUGUCUCAAGGGCCUGUCAAGAGCUUCAUCAAGCAUAUAAAAGACACAGCUCUUCUCAUUUUGUUUCACAAGAGGAACUUAAACACCUUACACCAGCUGAAGUUGACAAUAUUAUCAAGACCGUGACUUCUCUGGGUAUUCAGAUAAGCCAACGUGGCCCUGAUGGAUUGACAGUUAGUGGACUGACAAAAGGAGUAAAUAAGUUCAUACAGCUGGUGCAAGGGUCUCUUGUCAGGCAGGUGAGAGAGAAAGAGCAAGAUGAUGUUUUUUCCCGUACCAGUUGGUGCAUUUUGGGAUCAAGAGGAAUCUGGGAGAGACUGCCUAAACAGGCUCAUCAUCAGCUGGAAAACAAGAAUGUUGGCGAAGGGAUAGUGGAUGCACAAGCACAAAAAUGGACAGUAAAUCUUGCAGAAAUGGAGGCCACAGCAAUCGGGGACACAGCUGUGGCAAAUAUUAAACGACUGGAGAACCUGUCAGAUUUCAUUAUUCCACUGUACUGGGACAGCAUGACCACAGGGGAGAUUCUAAAGGUGGUUUCUCUGCACCCCAGCUCUGCUGAGUACAAAAGAGUGAAAAGUGACUUCAAGAGAACAGUCACAAAAGCAGUUAUCAAGAUCGAGCGUAUUCAGAAUGUGAAUUUGCGCCGGGCUUAUGAAGUUCGUAAAACAGAGCUGCAGAAUAAAAAUGGAACAGUUGGGGCAGGAGAGAGAUUCCUAUACCAUGGAACUACAGCUGAUGCCUGCACUUCUAUACAGCACAGUAACUUUAACCGUAGAUUUUCUGGACAAAAUGGCACAUUGUAUGGACUCGGGACAUACUUUGCUGUGAAUGCAAACUACUCAGCCAAUACCACCUACUCUGUACCUUCCACAGAUGGGACACAGCGCAUGUUUGUGACACUUGUCCUAACAGGUUAUUACACCCAGGGAGGAAGUGACAUGACAGUUCCGCCACCUCGCGGAUCACUGGAUCCUAAUGAUAGAUUUGACAGUGUGGUCGACAACAUGCAGAAUCCCAGCAUGUUUGUGGUGUUUCAUGACUGCCAGGCUUACCCAGACUACCUCAUCACAUUCAGAUAAAGGCACAGCUGAGUGACAGAGUGAGAGAGUGUUUUUCCAAUCCUGCCAGGAAUAUGCCAGGUAUAAAAAGUAAUCCUACUAUUCCACUAGCUCAGAGUGAUCUCUUGGAUUAACAGUAUGU